AUGAGAAGCCUGUGUGCUGAGGCCGGUCCCAAUCCGGGCAACUGGACCAACCUCCACUAUCUCCGCAAUCUGGAGAGCUGUGAUCAAACUGUUCUCUUUGGAUUGAAUGUCCACAACUCUGUGGCCGAUCCAAACUCGAUCCUCACCAUUCGCGCCUGCGUGGCCAGUCAAGGUCAGACGUACGAGGCUGCCCCUUCCCCCGAUGCGCCUCAGCAGGAAAGCCCACGCAACCUCGUUGUUGCUGAAAACUGCGGCGCCAAGGCUGUUAAAUCCACUUUCACUACCCACGCUGGCCCUUCAACGCUUAGCAAGGCAUCUGGCACCGCUCCAGAGGCUGCUCAUGUGGCCGAGGCUGCCGACCAACUUGCCCGGUUUGUUGGCACGAGCGCCGCGUGUGGCACCACCAUCUUGUUUGCAAAGUACAAAUCUGCGGUCGUGGGCUUGUAUUCCGGUGCACAAAUCACCAAGCAUGCCGCACGAGACUUUGUGGAUUCGUUUGCGGAAAAGCAAACCUCUGCCCUGCAGAUUUGCCAGCCUUCCGGUGCCGCCGUAACUUUAGGGGUAGUUUCUGCUGGCUUUGUUGAUAUGGCAGCAGCCCAGGAUGCCAUAAAAAGCUGGAACGAUGCUCUCUGUCUUAACGGGUCAACGACCGCUACCACCACAGUCAGCAUCGACGUGCUCGUGUCCACUAUGGAUAACAGCUUCAAUGCUUCUACUAUCUCCUAUGGCAACGUUACCGCCAGAGGAGGACCAGGACUACUUUUCUCCAGAGCAGAGUGCAAAACACAAGAGGUCAAAGCAGGUGACAGCUGCCCCUCGUUAGCCAGCCGUUGUGGCAUCUCUGGAGCUGACCUGGCUAAAUACAAUCCGCGAAAGGACUUGUGCUCGACCCUGAUGCCCAAACAGCACGUUUGCUGCACCGCAGGCACUAUGCCAUACUUUGGCCCUAAGCCACAACCCGACGGCACCUGCAACACAUAUAAAAUCAACGAUAACGAUCUAUGCUACAACCUGGCAAGCACACACUACCUGAAACCGGAGGACAUUGAAAACUUCAACAAACACACAUGGGGCUGGACUGGCUGUGGGAACCUGCAGGGUGGCCAACUCAUCUGUCUCAGCACGGGGACGCCCCCUAUGCCCGCAUCAAGGCCGGGAGCCAAAUGCGGUCCACAGGUACCAGGCACCAAGAAGCCUACCAAUGACACCGCACUGGCUGAUCUCAACCCGUGUCCUCUCAAUGCAUGCUGCGAUGUCUGGGGAUUUUGCGGAACAACGGUUGAGUUUUGUACCAAGACACCCGCGGACACUGGCGCUCCUGGUACCGCGAAGCCGAAAACCAAUGGCUGUAUUUCCAACUGUGGGGUAAAUAUUGUCAACAAUGACAAGGCACCCGAUCAUUUGAUGACUAUCGGCUAUUUCGAGGCGUUUGGCCAGCUGAGGGGGUGUCUGCGAAUGAGUGCCAGCGAGCUCCCGGCCGACAAGUACUCGCAUGUCCACUUUGCCUUUGCCACGGUCACAUCUGACUUCAAUGUAGACAUCUCAAAUGUCGAGGAUGAGUUUAAGCUAUUCAUGAAGACGAGUGGCUUUAAAAAGAUUCUCUCCUUUGGAGGAUGGGCAUUUUCCACAGAUCCGGACACAUUCCAGCGCUUCAGAGAUGCCACCAAGAAAGAAAAUCGCGACACAUUUGUCAAUGGCUUGGUGACCUUCAUGAGCCGCGAAAACUUGGACGGCUUUGAUUUUGACUGGGAAUAUCCUGGCGCACCUGAUAUUCCGAAUAUCACCCCCGGAAGCUCUGACGAAGGAAACAAUUAUCUUGAUUUCCUGCAGCUGCUCCGAAGCAAGCUGCCUAGCGAAAAAUCUAUUUCCAUUGCGCUGCCGGCUUCUUACUGGUACUUGAAGCAAUAUCCUGUCAAGCAUAUGGCAACGUAUGUGGAUUACUUUAUCUACAUGACAUACGACUUGCACGGCCAAUGGGAUGUCGACAACAAAUCGGCCAUGCCCGGCUGCGAAGGCGGAAACUGUCUUCGAUCACACAUCAACAAGACGGAGACACACGAUGCCAUGGCCAUGAUCACCAAAGCCGGAGUGGAAGCUCGAAAGGUAGUCAUUGGCAUUAGUAGUUACGGCCGCAGUUUCCGCAUGAAUGACGCGUCCUGCUCCGGUCCCCUUUGCACCUUUGCCGGAGAUAGAAAUCACUCCAUGGCUUAUGCCGCACCCUGUACGCUAACUGGCGGUUAUAUCUCCAACGCCGAGCUCAACGACAUUAUCAAGGACCACGGAAACUACUCUAUAGUAAAGUCGUCCAUUGACAAGGAUUCUAACUCAAAUAUUCUCAUGUACGGUAAUUCCGGGGCAGUGGAUUGGGUGGCCUACAUGGACGGCGAUCUCAAGGCCAGCCGAAUUGACUGGAUCAAGGGUCUCAACUUUGGCGGUUCGAGCGACUGGGCCAUUGACCUCCAACACCCCUCGGACAAAGAAGAUAGAGAUGACAGCGACUAUGUCGAGCAGGAUGACGAUGAAUCCGGCGAAGACGACCUUACCUGUCCCCCCGGCGAGAACCCAGGGACCUUGGAUGGUCUCGCCGACAAAACUGAUUCAUUAUACGCAGGUUGUGCUCGCCUCUAUGCCAUGGACAUUCUAUACAAUCAACUCGUCGACAGUCUGUCUCUCUUCCAAACCAACUCGGAAGGCUACGACGACAAGUUCAGCUGGUACGAGAAGUGGACUAAGGAGCAGAUCCAGCCGCGCAUCGAUGAGUUCAUGAACUUGGGUGACGGGAAAGGUCUCAAGUACUUUGACUGCUACUGGGCUUAUGCCAACCGUGACGAAACAAAGGAUUCCUGUCUCGGCAUGCCGCACAUCUGGGAGAUGAGCCAGGGAUGGAGCAUCCGCUUCGAUCUCCUCGACAAGCAGGGUUUCUUCGACGCACUCACGGCCGAGACAGGCAUUGACGAGUCGUGGGUGACGUUUGGUGAUGAAGUUUCGAAUUACGUAUGUGCAGAUCCUGGCGACGUACGACCAGGCCUCGGUGGUAAUAGGCCAUGCGCGAAGCUCUACACCAAGAAGCUGAAUUACCCUCAGAAGGCCUCGGACGAUGAUAUCAGUGUCGGAAAUCCAAAGAAGCUCAUCGAGGCAUCCAUGGACAACGUCACCGCUCUGAGAACCUCGUUGUUCUCGUCGUAUCUCAGCGUGGGCUUGUCCUUCUACGACGACGGACCAAACGAUACCUCUGCUACCGACGCAGUAGUCGCCUACUCCAUGCCAGUACUGCAACUUACCGAAGCCAUUAACAGCAUGAGUCAGAUUAAAGAAAUCGGCGAAAAGGCCAAGGAAGAAGCAAAGAAAAGCCUGGUUUUAGAGAUCCUCAGCAUCAUCUUCAUGGUCAUUCCCUUUGUCGGAGAGGCCCUCGGACCCCUGGUCGGAAGUGUAACAUCAGUCGCUCGCAUCGGACUUCUCAUCGGCGAAGCUGGCAACGGGGCGCUGACCGUGGCCGAAGUCAUCGAGGAUCCGACAUCUGCGCCCUUUGCGAUGAUGGGUUUGAUUGCGGGCGCCGGUAUUGGGGGAGGAGGUAAGUUAUCCAAGGCGGAUGCGCUGGCAGACGCUUCCAAGGUAAGGAGUGCAUUAAAGGGUAGUGAUUUAGCCAAGUUUCCACAGGGGUUCAGGGACCAAGAUGCGUUGGUGCAAAAGGUCAUAAAGAGCUUGUGCUCAAAAAAGUAG